GAGCUUUUCUCAGAGAACUCAGGUGGAAAAUACAGAAUAAAUAUCAUCACAACAGAACAAUAGCACUGAAAACAAACGUGGAACACUAAAAAAAACCCUCAGCAAUAAAACUAGUAUGAAAACAGACAAUAGCAGUAAAAACAAACACUGAAACAAUGACAGUCCCUAAAAACAAAUAAAACUGUUAAAAAUGCCCAGUACAGGUAUAAGAUAAAAAGUGACAAUGAAUUAAGGCAUUGAAUUAAUAGUCCAGCACAGAAAUGGGGAUAAAAGUGCAAAUAAAACUGUGUUGUUCAUCACUACAGCUUCCUUAGCAUGCUUUCCAUCACUAACACUAUUACAACUGUAAUCACUGCUGUGGUUCUGUAGUUAAAGUUGUCACAACACAAGCAGCCUGGCUUCUGUCACAGUCAUCUGAGGAAUAAAUAGUCCACAUUGCUCCUGCCCAGACUCUGGCAUCUUCAGCUGUCUCGUUCCAGCGGGGCUCAGCCUCUAAACAACACUGAUACUCAGCUCAGAUGGCAAACAGAGCGAGCUGUACGAAUAAGCGACACUGGAGUGAAAGAUGCAGACAUGAGCCCAGAGGAGGAGCCAGAGUAUCAGACACCGCCCACCUGCGAUCUGCUCAGCCUUCUGCUGAAGAACAGACGCCCCACUGGAGCUGUCAACGAGGUUUGGCCCAACCUCUACAUCGGAGACGCGGCUACAGCUCAGCAUAAAACCCUGUUAGUGGAUCUGGGAAUAACUCAUGUGGUGAAUGCUGCAGAUGGCCCCCAGCACAUUGACACUGGGCCACAUUUCUACAAAGACACCAACAUACAGUAUCAUGGAGUAGAGGCACCAGACUGUAAAGACUUUGACUUGAGCCCAUUCUUCACUGAGACGGCUGAUUUCAUUCAUGGUGCUCUGAGUCAGAAAGGUAAAGUGCUCGUCCACUGUGCACGAGGAAUCAGCCGCUCAGCGACUUUAGCACUGGCCUUCCUCAUGAUCAAAGAAAGACUUACCCUGGUUGAGGCUGUGGAGGCCAUUCGCAGACACAGAAACAUUCUUCCAAAUGUUGGAUUUCUGAAUCAGCUCUGUCGGUUGGACUCUUCCUUGGCCCUGCAGAGGAAACAACACAACAUCAAGGAGUGAAGAAAUAGAGCACUGUGGAGAGAAUUUGGAAGGUCACUGCAGUACAGUGCAGUUUAAGCGCAGAUUCACUUGAAAGGUCUCACACUGUAUCACCUCCUAAAAAUAUUGUAACUGACAAGUACAUGCAGGCAUGACUCAAGCAAGUUACAAGAGCCUGCUGAAGAGAAGAGCGCCGUCGACUCAAAACUUGAGAUUCACAAAAGAAAAAUGAGGAGUACCAGGACUGGUGAUUAUUUUCAUGGCUGUCCUUGAAACAAAUUCAUCUCAGAUUGAAACAGCUUUGAAGAGGAAAUGUUCAAAUGCGGUGGUAUUUUCAACAUUCAGAGCUUCAUUUGAUUUGAAAUUUGCUUUUGAAGACCUUUAUAUUUUACUGUAAAACACCUUGAGUUUACCUGUAUAUGAAAUGUGCUGUACAAAUAAUAUUGACUUGAGACUUUACAUGGACUUGUCUCAGAUUACUAGUUUGACUUCUCUCAGAUGACUUGAACUAGUCUUGAACCACAUGUUGGUGAAGAUUCUCAGCCAUCCAGGUCAUGGUAUUCUUAAGUGCUAUAUCGUAGGCAACUGGACUUGCUUGAGUGUCUUAAAGACAUUUCACCUCAUCCAAGAGGCUUCUUCAGUUCUAACGGACUGGUGCGGAGUUGCAGGCUUUGUACUCUGUGUGGGUGUGAACCCUUACAGAGUCGUUGAGGUCACAUGUGAGUCGUUGGUCCACCCGGCCAUCACCUGUGUUGUUAGGGUUAGAUGGGUCCAGGUGUGACUUGGACUCAUCUCAAAUGACAUGUGAGUUGACCUGGACUAAAGUCAAUUUACUUCUGACUUCAUCUCUAUAAACAGAUAUUUGCAUGUGAAUGCAGAA